AUGAAUAAAUUGUUGACUUUAUUUUUCGGACGCUCUCGAGAUCCCAACGUUAUAGUUGACAACAUAAGAGAUCGUGAUAUCACUAAUAAUAACGAUAAGGAAGAAACUCGAAAAUUAUCAAAUGCUCUCAAAAAUCUUUUAGAACAAUUCUCGUCAAUUACAAAUCCUGGCGGGCAAGAUGAACACCUACUAGAAUGCGUUCAAAACUGGAUUCUUUUAUCAUCUAUCUUUGGGUACACCAUUUGA